UGUUAGAAGAUAACGCAGGUGUCCUAAGAUGAGCUCAACGAGAACAGAAAUCUCGUGUGGAGCAAAAGGGCAAAAGCUCAUUUGAUUUUGAUUUCCAGUACGAAUACAAACUGUGAGAGCGGUGAGAGCGGGAGAGCGUGAGAGGGGAGAGCGGAGAGCGGUGAGAGCGGUGAGAGUGGAGCAAAAACUGUGAGAGCGAGCGAAAAGUUGUAGGUAUAGUAUGAUACGAUACAGACGGGGAGGACGUUAGAUCUGGGCAAACGGGAUAAGCUGGAGCAUGAUGGCGGCACCAGCGCAAGACGGAGAGGGAGUACAGGCAAACCACCUCCAAGCUGGCCCGUCACAAGGGCCGCGAACGGACUGGCAAAUCAUGAAAGCGGUGAGGAAAGCGGCCCUAACACGCUCCUUCGUCACGGACCCUGCGACGAAUCUCAAGACGGCGGAUGGUGAGCUUAUUCUCCAGGUGGAGGAGAAAAUGGCGAUUGCACAAGUCACCUACAUGCGCGCUCACAUCAUCGUCAUGCGCUUUGAGGGACCCCUGAAGGAUCUAGCACCGCAGGCCAAGUUAGACUGGAUACGCUGUUGGGAGCUGGAGAACUGGCCCGAGAGAGGUCAAGCCUCGUAUAAAGGCCGGGCAACGGUGGAGGGCGGGGCGUUGGUCUUUUAUUGGGCCCCCACGGCUGCGCUGCGAAACUGGCUACUCCGUGAGCAGGGAAGUGAGGGUAUUAGACUGGGUGAUCGCACCUACCAUGUCAGAUUCACAGCGUGGAAGUCGCCAGUGGAAGUGGAGUGGGAGAGGCUGCAAGAACGGAAGGCGAGGCCAUGGGUGCGAUUUGUGCAACCCCCCCCCACGGCGGUGCUAAUGCUCCGGCAAUUAGCGGAAUCGUUUUUUGGGGCGGUCAGAAACCCAGAGGGUACAUGGGCGACUGACGGCGAUGGUAGAGAGACAAUUAGAUUUGACCUCUACCCCCCCCUCCGCUCGCAGGGACUUGAGCGAUUGGCAGUGGCACAAACAUAUUACGGCCGGCCAGAGGGGGCGAUGCUUGACGAUGUUACGGAGGUGGCGUGUUGGGAGGACUUCGAGAAAGAGUUUGAUAAUGUGAUCUAUACUGAGAUUGCGACAGAAUCCAGUCUCGGGGAUGUGAUGGAGGUCGGAGACCGGCGGUUACUUCAGCCAGCCCCCCCACACCAGACGCCAAACACUAACGGAGUGGGAGAAGGCCGUGCACAUCGAGCGGUCGCGCCGGAUCAAGACUCCAACAAAGUCGCCAUGGCGCGAGUACAAGUAGGCCCGACGGAGCGCCAUCGCGGGGGACAGGAUCGGCAGAAGUCUAUUAAGCAAAUGGUACAAGAGCGGCAGCAGCGGCAGCAUCCUCUACAGCAGGCGUCCCCCACGCCGCAGCAAGUAGCGCCAUCGCAGCAACAGCAAGAACCAGAUGCCGCACUACCCCAGGCGCAGACGGAGCCCCCCCCCCCGAAGCAUCAAGGGCAAGCAAUAGCUGGAGAGGUCAUUGUGCUAUCAGGGGACACGUUACCCGACCAGACGGCAGAGCGGGAGGGAGGCGGCCAACAAGAGGGGAGGAGCCAAGUGGUGCCGAUGGAAUGCUGCGAAAGCGCCGGCGAACAACGGCGGCAUGCGGGAGAGCGACCAAAGACCCAGGUGGACGAGGACGGACAGUGGACGAACCCUCAGCCCUAUGACCAGCUUGGCUGCCGAGCGACGAACGGGGCCCGGGAUCACGAGUUAACCCCGGGUGCAUCGAUCGGAGAGGGAGUGGCGGCCGGGGGGGGAGCGGUUGAUGGAGGCCAAGUUGGGGAGCAGAUUAAGUCAACGCUCCCCAACCAGCAUCAACGAUCGGAACGACGGGAGGAAGGUCAAGGCACAUCGAAGGGGGAGGGAAUAACCAUUAGGGCUAGGGAGAGACUACGGAGUAAGGGCCAGGAGAGCCAAGGCACAUCGAAGGGGGAAGGAGCACCCACUAGGGCUGGGGAAAGACGACGGAGUGAGGGCCAGGGUGUGAGGGGGCCCCAAGACUUCGAUGGGAAGUGGGCUGGGAUGGAGUCUCCUCCCCCCAACCAUGGUCAACGACGGGGUGACAACGCGGAGGCCCUGACACGAGGAAGGCACAUGACAGGGCAGGCGUCCAAGGCAAAAGGGAGACCGAAGACCAGGCGGGGGCUCACUGGCGCAGGGGAGACUGGACCGCGGAUACGACCCCAUCAGAAGCUGACACGGCGAACUGCGACCAGAGUGCUCUGCUAUGGCUCGACUUCUAGGGGCAGGUAUAGCAGCCAGAAGGACAGACGGGGACGACGCCA